AUGAUCUCUUCCGCUCUUUUCGCAGUGUUUGGGCUGGCAACUACCGUCUUUGCCGCACCUUCCCGCCCUCGCAUGCUGGCUGCCGAUGAUGUUGUUCUUUUCGGCCACGACGGCACCUCCAGAAUCAUGAAGGCAACAGACUACGAUGCUCUUGAGACUGUCUCACCCGCACCCGCACAAACUUUAUCAUACAGUGCCACACGCACACCUGGCAUCACCCGCCGCGGCUGCCAGCAGAGCACCGAGGUUCAAGUCACGUCAGAUGAACAGUUCCUCAACUGGGAUGUUGCCAUCUCUCCCAUAGCUUCCUCCUUGCAAGGUAGCUCCGCGGGCAUCAGCGUCUCCAACGGAGUCGAAAUCAGCAACUCGCUCGCCAUCGGUUCUGAAAUCACCAUUGGGGGCUCGGAUAUCAUUAGCGUUUCUUUGGGCAUGAAUCUCGACAUGUCUUGGUCAACUUCCCAGGAGAACUCUCUCGAAUUCGAUAUCCCGGCCAACAUGUACGGCGUCAUUGUCAGCCAGCCUUUUGUGCGUCGCGUACAGGGUAACUUGUUGACGGGGUGCACGGAUAACCCGACAAGGGCGAGUUUCAUGGCGGACACGUAUGAGAGCCAGGGCUAUGGCCAGCUGUCUUGGGUGAAGGGUGUCAUUCGACUUUGCACAAGCGAAACUUAUCCUAUUCCCUACUGCAUUGGCGAGGGUCAGCACAAGUGA